AUGGGCUGCGCGUUCUCGUCGUCGCCGUCGCCACGGAAGCGUGAGCAGCGCGCCCAAGGGUACGAGGAGCCCGCCGUCCUCGCCGCCGAGACCUCCUUCACGGUGAACGAGGUGGAGGCGCUGUACGAGCUCUACAAGAAGCUCAGCUUCUCCAUCUUCAAGGACGGCCUCAUCCACAAGGAGGAGUUCCGGCUGGCUCUGUUCAGGACCAGCAGAGGGGCGAACCUGUUCGCGGACAGGGUGUUCGACCUCUUCGAUCUCAAGCGCAACGGCGUGAUCGAGUUCGGCGAGUUCGUGCGCUCGCUCAGCAUCUUCCACCCCAAAGCGCCUGAAUCUGAAAAGACCGCGUUUGCAUUCAAGCUGUACGAUCUGCGGGGGACAGGCUACAUCGAGAAAGAAGAGCUCCGGGAGAUGGUGGUGGCGCUUCUUGAUGAGUCCGACCUAUGUCUCUCCGAUAGCGCCGUCGAGGAGAUUGUCCAUAAUACGUUCAGUCAAGCAGACUCGGAUGGUGAUGGCAGGAUAGACCCCAAGGAAUGGGAGGAGUUUGUCAAGAAGAACCCAGCGUCGCUGAGGAACAUGUCACUGCCCUAUCUCCAGGACAUUACGACGACAUUUCCGAGCUUUGUAAUGCAUUCCGAAGUCGAAGACUACAGUGGAAUCAGCAAAUAA